AUGAACGGGAUCCCUCACUCUCAGUUGGCACCUCUGCCGACCCAACUGCCUUUCCGAAUUGUCUCUCCCACCAUCGGCUCCGGUGCAUACGCAUGCAUCAAGAAAGCCGCUCCUCUUAGCGCCGAUAAUCCCGUCUUCGCAGUCAAAUUCAUCAAUAAACUAUUUGCACAGAAAUAUGGCCGCAUCAAGCAAAAACAAUUGGAGAUGGAGAUAUCCCUACACAAGCACAUCGGCCUCCACAAGAACAUCAUUGAGUUUUACCACCACGGUGAUGACCCUGCUUGGUUUUGGAUAGCAAUGGAAUUGGCCGAGGGCGGUGACCUUUUUGACAAGAUUGAAGCCGAUGCUGGUGUUGCAGAAGACAUUGCACAUGUCUAUUUCACCCAGCUUGUCAGUGCAAUCGGCUACAUGCAUUCUAAAGGCGUGGCUCAUCGAGAUAUCAAACCUGAAAAUGUUCUUCUGUCUGCGGAUGGAGACCUCAAGAUUGCAGACUUUGGAAUGGCCACGUUAUUCGAAUACCACGGCCGGACGAAACUCGCAACUACGCUGUGCGGAAGUCCACCUUAUGUUGCCCCAGAAGUCCUGUCGUGUAGUACGCAAGGCGGCACGAAGGGAAGUGGUUACGCAGCCAACGUGGCGGAUAUCUGGUCUUGUGGAGUGGUCCUGUUUGUUUUGCUUGCAGGAAAUACGCCUUGGAGUAGACCAAUCGAGGGUCGUGAUGAGUAUGGGAGGCCGAAUGAGUUUAGCGAGUAUGUCCAGAGCAACGGCAAGCCGUCCGACGAAUUGUGGGACUCUCUGCCCUCCGAGGUCCUAUCGCUUCUUCGAGGGAUGAUGAGAGUCGACGUCAAAACGCGCUUCUCGCUUGAGGACGUGCGCCGGCAUCCCUGGUUUACAAGACCAAACAGAUUUAUGGACCAAAAGGGCCGACUGAAGGACCCGAUCACAAUGGCCACAAAUAUGUUUGAAGCGCUCCAUGUUAGCUUCGAUGCAGACCCCUUUGCAGGUACGCAGAGGAGUCGACAUCAAGACGCGAUGGAAAUCGAUGGGGAUUUCAGGACCAAAUUCGCGUCAACCCAACCAGAAACACCGGGCGAAGAUAUGCUAUUUGACUGGGGUCGACCUAAGCAACUUGCUAUAUCAAGCACGCAAGUAGGAGCAGGCCUCACGUCGGCAACACAGUCGAUGACCACAGCACAAUAUCUCGAAGACGAGCCGUCGAUGUCACAGUUUCAGUCCAACCCCAGCGUCCCUCUGAGCCGGACACAGAUGGCUCGGCGGUUUCAUGACAUUUUACCCUCUUCGGGGCUGACGAAGUUCUAUUCUGGGUGGACGUUGAAUCUCCUCGUCCCCCAUAUCCUAGAGGCUUUGAGCCGGCUGGGGGUGCCAAAUCCUAAUAUUCCUCGACCUACGGCUGAAGACUAUGAGUGUCUGGUCAAGGUGAAAACGCAGGAUAGCCGUGGCUGUCCCUUGAGCGGCAACAUUGCAAUGGAAGUGGUCAGCGAAGGCCUGAUAGAGGUGUGUUUCGUCAAGGCAUCGGGUGACCCGUUGGAGUGGCGAAGGUUUUUCAAACGUAUGGCUGUGCUAUGUCAGGACGCGAUCGUUAAACCAGAGUUUUGA